AUGAAGCAAGCAAACAUUGCCCAAGAGAUAAUGAGUGACAUACAGGGCAGAUACUAUACACAGCCAGGACGACGAUUCUCAACACAUAACACACAGCUAGCCAUGGAUACGGAUACGAUGUCGCAGUCGCAAUCGCAGGUAGCACCCACGGAUGACGCCGCACCGCAGCUGGAUGCCACCAAUGAGGCCUCCAUCUCUGAGUCCGAAGCCAUCAUGCAGAACGAUAAUAAUGAUGCAAAUAACGACCAAGAUGUUGAACUAUCAUCCACUGCUGCAACACCAGACGUGCCGCACGAACAGAAGUUGGAAGAAAACGUCAUGGAACCGGAAACGAACGAGAACAACGAUAAGGUAGAGUCAAAUUCACCAAUAAUACAAACAUCUCCCUCUACCAAUACAUCGUUGACAGAUGGGCUUGCCACUGGGAAUGAAAAUGAACAGGAGAAAUCUCUGUCGCAGGAAAAUCAUGUUUCAUUUGAUAUCCAAUCUGACGCCAAACAAGAAGACAGAAUGGAUAUAGAUAAACCAGGUGAAUUGGAACACACUGAGAUAAAACCUAUAUUUUCGGAUACUAAUAAUAAUAACGAUGACGAAGAGGAAGAGGAAAGCGUUUCACCAAUGAUAACAACAAAAUCAGACACGGACCAUCCAGUCAAAGAAGAACAACCAUCAGCUGAGGAAAAUAUUUCAUUCCCUCAGUUUCAUGAAAUUGUCAUUCCAUCCUAUUCAUCAUGGUUUAAUUUGAAGAAAAUUCACAAGAUUGAGAAAAAAUCACUACCAGAAUUCUUUACCAAUAGAAUACCUUCUAAGACCCCACAAGUUUAUGUCAGAUAUAGAAAUUUUAUGGUCAAUUCAUAUCGAAUAAAUCCAAAUGAAUACUUCACAGUCACAGUAGCAAGAAGAAACCUUUCAGGAGAUGCAGCAAUGAUAUUUAGAAUUCAUCGUUUCCUAAAUAAAUGGGGGUUGAUCAAUUAUCAAGUAAAUCCAAAACUAUUACCCAAAAAUGUGGAACCACCAUACACUUCAGAAUAUUCUACAAAACAUGAUGCUCCAAGGGGCCUUUUCCCCUUUGAAAGCUUUAAACCUUCUUUACAACUACCUGAUUUAGCAAAAUUGAAAAAAAUGAUGGAUUUACAUGACGAGGACAGUCCAUUAUAUAAAUACCUUCUUGAACAAAAAAAUGAUACAAUAAAAAAGGAACAUGGAAAUGAACCAAAGGAACCAGAACUCCUUCCUGAUCAUGUCUUGACAGAUGAAACUAACAAAAGAAAAUCCACAGAUACUGAACAUAUACUGCCUCCGGCCAAGAAAAGAGUCAAGAUAUUAGAAUCCACAGAUGAUAAUUGGAACAAAGAAGAAUUGGCCAAAUUAUUAAAAGGUUUGCAAACUCAUGGGUCCAAUUGGUUCCAAGUGGCUAAAGAUAUUGGAAAUAAGACCCCAGAACAAUGCAUAUUAAAAUUCUUACAAUUACCCAUUGAGGAUAAAUUCUUAUAUCAAUCAUCACCAUCAGAUGAAAAUUCAAAAACUAAUAAUUUGGGUCCAUUGAAUUUUGCUCCACAUUUACCAUUUUCCAAUAGUGAUAAUCCGGUAUUAUCUACAAUUGCAUUCUUAGUAGGUCUGGUAGAUCCAAAAAUCGUCCAAUCGAUGACGAAUAGAGCAAUAAGACAAUUGGAAGGUGAGGAAAUUGGAAAUAAAGAACAAGAUGAGAAGACCAAGACUGAAGAAGAAAUUGAAGAGAAAGUUGAAAAUAUACAACAAGAUAAACUUGAAGAAGAAGAGCAGCAAGAAAAUAAAGAACAAGAGCAGGACGUCAGUGGAGAAGCAGAUCAGCAUAAUGAACAAGAGGAUCAGAAUGCCAAGGGAGAAGGAGCGGAAAACAAAAAUCAAGAUCCAGAACAGGAGCAAGAGCAAGAGCAACUAGAGACAAAAGAAGAAGCACAAGAUCAAAAACAAGAGAUAAGUAACCUUCCAGAGCCAGCUAUAGCGAAGGAGACUAAGGAUAAAGAGGAACCAAUAAUUGACGCUGUACCUGAUGUUUCUGCAGCUCUCGGUUCUCCUCUUAAAGAAGGUUCCGAGAUUGCAUUUUCUACUCUAGGUGUAAGGUCAAAAGUAUUUGCUAAUAAUGAAGAAAGAAAAUUGAUUCGAUUGUCUAAUCAAAUGGUUCAAAUUCAAUUACGGAAAGUUGAAACAAAGAUGAAUCUAAUAAACAAGUUAGAGAAAACGAUGGAAUUGGAGAAAAAAGUCUUGGAGAGGCAGCAAGAAGAUCUACUUAUUCAAAGGCUAACAUUUAAUAAAAAUUCCAAGAAAUUGUUAGAGAAGUUCCAAUCAUCAUUAGAGUCAUUUGACAAUAAGGAGAUUUUGGAACAAAACAUUAAUGAAAUUAAAAGCCUCUUAACAAAUCCAGCGCAAUUGAGUUUCGGUAAACCAUUUAAUUCUUCAGUAUCAAUAUCAAGAGCAGAGGCUGAAUCCAAUGCAAAUGCAUCUGAAAGUGAAAUUAAGCCAAUAUCGAUAGAAGCCCCACAAUUUUAUAGAUAUUGGUCUGCAUGA